UACAUGCAUGCACGCCAGCAGUAGUGCCGAUCGUACGCCGUCUCGCGGUCGACCACCCACGGGCGACGUCGUUGUUGUCGUCGUCGUCGUUGUCCACCGUCACCGCUGCCGCCGCUGUGAUAGUUGCGGGACCCCAAAUGUGGCACGCUCAUACCUAUUAUUUCGUUGAUGUUGGUUCCAUGGUUCAGCUGCUCUAUUUUUCAAACGAUUAAUGGCAACCGUCACCUCGAAUUUUGCCGCCCACGAAUUAUGAGUGUGUUCAUUAAAGUGUUACAGUACUCCUAAACUCUAAAUUCGUGUAUGAACUUGUACUUUACACUCAAGUUUGUAUUUACACCACCAAAAUGUCUUAAUUCCGGUUAAUUAAAAUAAAAUGAAGAUUCAAAAAUCAGAUGCCAUGAUUCGGACAAGUUUACUGACUGUUCAAAUGAUAAUCAUCGCUUUCAAUCUGGUCCUGAUUGCGGUAGUGAUCAACAAAAGAAAAUGCAAGACGAUUUCAUUGAGUAUGUGGACGUUAUUGGUAACUAUGAUAGUCGGCUCCAUAUUAUUGGAUAUUGAAGUUCUCCUCCAAUACUUAACACCAACAUUACCAUUAUGCCUUUUAGCGCCAUGGCUCCGGGAAUUGGGGUUUGUGAUAUUCUACGGCGCGAUCGAUCUAAAACUGUAUAGGAUUCUGAUGCAAUUUCGUACUAGAAAAGCGCACUGUUGGACAAUUACUGACAAAGAUCUGCUGAAAUAUUUAUUGUUUGGUGUUAUUGUGGUAGCUGUUUACCUCACUGCCUGGACUGCAGUUAGUCUUAACUUCUUUAAUGAAGGAUGGGUCCUCUUGAUCCACAUUGAAACCGAAGAUGGCUCAUUGUAUACAACGUGCAAACCUCAGUGGUGGAAUCACGUUACAGAAUUCGGUGAACUAUUGAUUUUAACCGUGGGUUUAUAUUAUGGAAAUUCAGCACGUAAUGCCCGCGUGCAGUUUGAAGAACGGCGUUUUCUCUUUUACGCAAUUAUAGCGGAAUUAACGUUUAGUACUAUCCAUAAUGCCAUCCGUACAGUCUAUCCAAUACCAUUCCACCAGGAUGUGACAUUCAUAGCCGCCUUUUUACGCAGCCUGUUAACAAACACUCUUGCACUGAUCAUCAUAUUUGCACCAAAGAUAUGGUAUCAAAAAAAAGUUAACGCUGAACUCCGACAUUCCGCUAUAAAUCAAGAACUUUCAGAAUCAUUAAAAGCUGAUAUGGCAGAUAAGGACUUCAGAGAAAUGAACAUAUCUGAAAUGACUUCGGAUGAAAUAAGGGAGGAACUCAGUCGAGUUUAUGUACAAAUGGGAAUAUUACGGGAUAAAACUGUAUGUAAGAAAAACCCUCAUAUAUCUAAACGAAAAGGUGGAAAGAAAUUGCCACAUAGACGAUUUUCAUUACAGAAGAAAGGAAGCAGAGACAAGUCAUCCAUUAAAAUUCGAAAAAAAAAUAAAGAACUAGAUUCAUCAGAAAUAAGUGAAACAAAUGAGACAAAUGAAAUAUCAAAAUCUCCGGAAGACUCAGUGGUUAGCAAUGAAGACGUUCCUACUGUUGGAAGUGGAUAUGGUAUUUGUAGUUGUAAUUCAACGACGGGAAUACAUCAGACUAAUUGCAACGAAUUUAAUGACAGUAAUGAUAAUAACUAUGGUGAAGGAACAUCAAGUUCAAAAUUCAACGUGUUGACUUGAUGUUUUUGGCUCAGAGGGUCCACAAUGUCAAUAAAAGAAGUUAGUAAGAGUUGGAUUGUAUGUUACUAUGGUGACCAACUGCAGUUAUAUAGAUGUGUUAGUAUUUGAAACAUGUGUUGUAGAUUAAAUAAAUUCCUACACUAAU